CAGAGCGAGUGGGUGGGUGAUCGGUUGUGCGGGCGGCGGCUGCUCAGGUCUGGGGAAGAUGGCGGCUUCUCUCUCAGGUGCUGCAUUUAUCAGGAGUUUGCUGACCCACAUUCACAGCAGAUUGCUUGCAUCGUGCAGCCUUGUUCCUCAGUCACACAUACACAGCAGCCUCCCUUUACCUGCCAAGAGCUGGGAGAGGAAGAACCGAGUGGUUUACCCUCCGCAGCUGCCAGAUGAGCCUCGCAGACCCGUGGAAGUUUACCACUGCAGGAGACAAAUCAAAUACAGCAAGGACAAAAUGUGGUAUCUGGCAAAAAUGAUCAGAGGGAUGACCUUCGACCAAGCGGUUGCCCAGCUGCAGUUCAAUGACAAAAAGGGAGCGAAGGUUAUGUUGGAGGUUCUUCUGGAAGCCCAAGAAAUGGCUGUCAGGAACCACAAUCUGGAGUACAGAUCGAACCUGUACAUAGCUGAGUCAUUCUCAAGUAAGGGUCAGUACCUGAAGAGGAUUCGCUACCAUGGGCGAGGGAUGUUUGGCAUCAUGGACAAAGUCUACUGCCACUACUUUGUCAAGCUGGUGGAAGGAAGCCCCCCACUGAAGAAGGCAACAACUGGCUUUGACCAAGCCAAGGAGUAUGUGCAACAACUGCGGAACAGAACCAUCAUUCACUCCCUGUAAUGGGGCUCCGUUAGCUGUGGGCUGGCCCAGCGCAGCACUGUAGGCUGCCCUGUAACAGACCUGGAAAGCGACUGCAAAUAAAUGCCGGCGAUUUAGCAAAUUGAGUUUGCAUUAUUCCAGAAACCAAAUUGGCCUGCUGUCUCUGUGAGGCCCCAGCGACUGGUCAGGAUUGCACAGGGCAUAAGGAGUAGGAGCCUGUUCCACCGUUCACUAAGACCACGGCUGACCCUUGAUUCCCUGAGAAAACAGAGCUGUGGAUGUUGACGAUCUGAAACAAAAGCAGUUUUCAGGAGAAACUCUGCAAGUUUGGCAGCAUCAAUAAAUGGAGUUUUUGUUGAUACCUGGGGAGGGGUGAGAGAGGGAAGGAGUGAGCACGUAGGUGCUGAGGGAACCCAGAGAGAGAAAAUAAAAAAGUUGUGCAGACAAAGGGAUGGUUAAUAGUAAGCCAGGGAAGAAGAAAAGCCAGAUAGGUAAUAAUGAGGGGAUGGAAUUGGGUUGGCUGUGUUGAAAGCUACCCAUGUCAUGACUGGAUGUGGAGGUGCCAAUGUUGGACUCGGGUGGACAAAGUCAGACGACACCAGGUUAUGGUCCUACAGGUUUAUUUGAAAUCACUAGCAUUUGAAGCGCUGCUCCUUCGUCAGACUGAACAAAGGAGCAGCGCUUCGAAAGCUUGUGAUUUCAAAUGAACCUGUUGGACUAUAACCUGAUGUUAUCUGACUUCUGCCCAUGUCAUGACUGGUCCUGGGGUUUGGGGUUUGAAUUGGAGAGAGAUGUUUGUGUUAUUGAGCUCAAGAUUGAACUCCUGAAGACUGUAAUGUCCCCAAGUGGAAGAUGAGAUGUUGUUCUUCCAGCUUGCAUUGAACCUUGCUGGUAUGCUGUGGUCUCCUAAAUUCCCUGUUUAUUGUUGAUUAUUUCAUUUGACAGACUUGCAGUUUACUCUCUCCCAUAAUUGGAAAUCUAAUAUUGUUGUCGGUCACCUUUCUAUAAAACGUUUGUCAGGUAAACUAAUGUAACUGAUCUGAUGUAUUGUACGUCUGAGCCACCAGAAUCAUUAAGUUGAAGCUGCUGUGACAACUGGUGAAUGCAGAAGAGAAAGGUUAACUGCAAUUUCAAUCUUAACAGUAGGCCUUUCCAACUGCUCCCCUUCCCUAAUAAGAGUGUGCAAACACGCUAAUGGUCUAAGGUCAGGGGUUGUUCAUUUAAAGAUGAAGAACUUCUUAACUCAGUAGGUGGUAACUGCUGUGUCGUCGAAUGUGUUUAACGUUGAAGACUGAUAGGUUUUGUACGGGCUGGUGCUGUGUUGCAGUUCACGUGGAGAGUCCCAGUCGUUUAGAGCAACAUGCCCUUUUACCUACAUGUUGUAGCCUGAAGCUACAGAUAGUGUUGGUUGAGACUUCAAUAUUCUUCCCAUAAUAUAGAUGACCAGGAAUCUCUCCUGCUCUCACCACCUGCCAUUAGCAUGUGUUGGUCGUCACCCAGUUUGGCCCACUUAGAAAUGCCUCCUCCAUUGGACAUCAAGUCCCUGAGCAUAGAGCUUCUAGCUUAAAGAUGGUGACACUACAGGCUGCCACUAGCUGAGAUAUCAGGGAUCUAAAGGAUGGAGGGAUUGGAAACUGAAGUUGAAGUGGAGUUAUGUUCAGCUACAAGUAUACUGAAUGGUGGAACAAACACCAUGGUCCAGUGGACCACUCCAGUUCCUUGUCUGAUAGUUUAAACUGUGAACAGACCUGAGCACCAUGUUUUGGCUUUGGAGGGCGUACAGCAUAGGUUUACAAGACUGAUACCUGGACUUCAGGGGUUAAGUUAUGAGGAGAAAUUGUACAAAGUAGACCUGUUUUCUUGGGAAUUUCGAAGAUUAACGGGCAAUCUGGUCAAAGUUUUCAAGAUAUUAACCACAAAAGACAGGGUAGGUAAAGAUAAACUUUUUCCACUGGUUGGGGAUUUGAGAACUGCAUUAAUGACAGGUGGAAGGAAACAAGUGUACAGUAGGAAAAUUUGCAGUUGACACCAAAAUAAGUGGAAAGGCGGGUUGUGAGAGGGAUACAAACAGUUUACAGAGAGAUACUGGUGAGUAAAUUGUCAAAAAGCUGACAAAUAGAGCACAUUGUGGGAAAUGUGAAGUUGUUCAGUUUGGAAGGCAGAACAAAAAGAACAGUAUUAUUUAGAUGGACAAAAAUUGCAGAAAGUUGCGACACCACGGGACCUGGGGAGACUUGUGCACAAACACAGAUAGCUAGCUCACAGGGGCAGCAGGUGAUCAGGGAGGUUCAUGGAAUGUUGGCCCAUGUUUCAAGGGGUCUGGAAUAUGGGAGUAUGGAAGUCUUACUGUAACUUUACGAGGUUCUAGUGUGACCACAUCUGGAGUACAGAGAACAGUUUUAAUCCCCUUAUUUAAGGAACGAUAUCCUUUCAUAGGAAGCAGUUCAGGAAAGGUUCAUUAGGAUGGUGUCUGGUAUGAAAGGAUUUCUAAUGAGCAAAUACUAAGCAGGUUUGGGACUCUGCUCCCCUGAGUUUAGAAGAAUGGGUGGUGAUCUCAUUGAAACAUAUAGGAUUCUUUAGGGACUUCACAGGGCCAAUGCUAAGAGAUUGUUUCCCCUCAGGAGAGUCUGGGACCAGAGGGCAUAGCUUCAGAAUUAAAUGGUGCAAUGGCCCUGAGUUCUAGAUUCUCCCUCAUCAUCUACCCAGUCAGGUCCCCUCAGGAUCUUUCAUGUUUCAGUUCCGUCUCUUCUAAACUCUAGAGGAUACAGGUUUAGCUGGAGCCUUGCCUCAGAAGGCAAUCUAUGUAUUCUAGGUAUUAGUCUAGUAAACCUUCCCUGAUCUCCUUCUGACACAUUACCAUCCAUAAGUACAGUGACCAGUACUGUAGUCCAGAAGUGGUCUCACCAGUAUCCUGUGUAACUGAAGCAUAACCUCCCUACUGUUACGUCCAGUCCCUUGCAUAAUAAAAUAUAACAUUCUAUUAGCUUUCAUUGUUACUUUUUGUACCUACAUAUUAACCACAGAUGGUCCAUGCACUAACCUCCUCGAUCUCUCUGCAGCUCAGAGCUCUGUAGUCGCUCAUUAUUUCGAUCCUAUGUCAGAGGCUAAAGAGAGAAACAGAGGGAAGUUUCUCUUUGUCACAGUGACAGAGGAUACUGUCUGCAUCUUUGAUAGGAGCUGGAUCAUUGCUGAGGCCGGGACAGAGACCUGAUUCAAAGGAAAAGGACGCCAAUGCCUGAAGAGGAAAUGAUCAUGGUGAGUUCGCCUGCUUAUGCUCCUUCACCAGUUAUUGACUGGGUUGAAAAGGGGAGAGGGAGGGCAGUGAAUAGGACAGGACCAAGAGACAAAAAUUGUCUGAGACAAUUAAAGUAUCAAGACCAAGUAUCGCUUGGAGAGUUCUAAUAUCUGUCAGCUGAAACUAUUAAAAAAAGGCCACCAUUCUCACAUUCACAAUUCAGUUUAUUUAAUAAACAAUGGUCUGUUCACAACA